GGACUGAGAGGAGGAGGGCCUAACACCAGAUAAUGGUGUUGUCGGCAGAAUGGAGGAGUCCUCAAGAACCAAGAAACGUUUGCUUUAAUCGCGGAGUCUUGGGUCUAUUUAUUCUUAUGUGGCUGAAUGAAUGUCAACCGAAUAAAUCUCAAACCAAGGCAAUUUUAACUGCUGUGCUCGUGUGCAAGCCGAGCUGUGAGCCUCUAACAGGAAUCUUUGAACUCAGAUGGGUCAGGCACUGUGGAGGCUGCCACCCAGACAACAGCAGCAGCUUCAGGAAGAGCUUGUUGACCGACUGGCUGACACGGGAGGGGCCAGACAAGAGCAAGGGAGGGAUGGCGGGACACUUCGAAGAAUGCCUCAACAUUGUUAUGGCCCUGACAUCUACCAUCUAUUGAAAACACGCAGAGGAGGUAAAGCACAAAAUGGUUUUAUAGAUUUGGAGAUGCUCCCACCAGAGUUGGGAAUAACCAUAUUGUCGUAUCUGAAUGCAACCGAUCUGUGUCUGGCCGGGUGUGUAUGGCAGGACCUAGGCAAUGAUGAAUAUCUGUGGCAGGGGCUCUGCAAGUCCACAUGGGGUCACUGCUCCAUAUACAACAGAAGGCUGCCUGCUGGUUUCUCAUAUAGAAGACUAUAUCUACAACUAGAUGAAGGGAGCCUUACAUUCAACGCAAACCCACAGGAGGGUAUCUCUUAUUUCAUGUCUAAAGGAAUACUCGUAGAUCAUCCCACAGAGCAGGCUAAGUUCAUCUUUUACACUAGACGGCUCAACUGGAAGAUGCUGAGAAUUUACCUGGAUGAGAGGCGUGAUGUUUUGGACGAGGUAGUGACUCUUCACAACUUCAGUAACCAGUUCCUCCCCAAUGCUCUGAGGGAUUUCUUCAGACACAUUCAUGCACCAGAGGAGAGAGGAGAGUAUCUGGAAACACUCAUCACCAAAUUUAGCCACAGGUUUUGUACCUGUAACCCUGGUCUUGUCCGGGAGCUGGGGCUCAGUCCUGAUGCUGUGUAUGUGCUAUGCUACAGUCUCAUCCUGCUGUCCAUUGAUCUGACCAGUCCUCAUGUCAAAAACAAAAUGUCAAAGAGGGAGUUCAUCAGGAACACUCGUAGAGCAGCCCAUAAUGUCUCGGAUGACUUUGUGGGCCAUCUUUAUGACAAUAUAUAUUUAAUUGGCCAUGUGGCUGCAUAGCUCACUUCACCAGCUAUUUAUUAGCAAUUCUCACAAUGCACUGAAGAAUAGGAAUCUGUGUUUUGGUUCCUAUAUAAUAUCUCUGGAAUGUUUGGGAUAUUUAUACAGACUUUACAAACAAAUCAAAUGUACCACUGUACUGUGGGAGAGAUGCUGCCACCAAAAUUAACUGAAUGCGCUGACAUUUUUGUAAUAGAGGAGGAUGGUUUAAUUAAAACCAUGAAGAUAAGUUUCUACACUGCACUGAUGAAGUAUUACUACUAAGUGGUGGAAGGAUGAACUAGAAAGCUGCCCUCAGAUUGUUACUGACUGCUUCAU